AUGAAAACCGUCUCCCGGGUUAUCACGGCCCCUGUGGAGAGCGAAAAGGAAACGCUUCUGGCACUGCUGCCCCAGUAUGGCCUUAAGCUUGCCCCGGACGGAAUCCAUAUACAGUGGGCUUUGGGAAAUUGUCGACACCCGCGAAACUGGAGCUUGCGACGCAAGGUCUAUGAUACUACGCUGAUUAUUUUCCUGGAAUUCUUCACAACUGCUAUCAGCACUGCCGGCUCAACUGCGGCCAACCAUGCUGUGCACGACUUCAAUAUUUCAAGAACUCUGUCAAUUCUUCUCUUCGUUUCCAUAUAUCUUAUCGGCCAAGCCAUUGGGGGUGUCGUAUUCCCCCCCUACUCUGAAGUAUUUGGUCGCAAAAAGCUCUAUGUGGCAAGCUCAGCUCUCUACGGCCUAUCAUGCAUCUUGAUAGCAUCCGUGCCAUCUUUGAUAGGAGUAGCGAUUGGCCGAUGUCUCUGUGGCUUUCUGUCCGCCAUUCCCACGACUGUUGUAGUGGGUAGUAUUGAAGACACCUUCAACUCUCGCGAGCGAGUCUGGGUCAUCUGCAUCUGGACCAUGUUCGCCAACCUGGGACUCGUUGUAGGUCCCAUUCUCAGUACCUUUGUUGUGGCCUACACCCACUGGCGAUGGAUAUUCUACAUCGCGGCCAUGGUAACUGGAAUCCUGACCCUGCUACUACUCACUUUGAAUGAAUCGCGCCCCUCUCUCCUCCUCGCCCGUGAAGUCGCUACUCUCCGCAGAGUCACCAAAAUCGACACGCUGGAAGGCCUCAACCCCGACAAAGCUCCUGACAUGCGCAGCUUCGUCCGCAUCGCGCUCUUCCGCCCUAUCCGGCUCCUCUUCACCGAACUUAUCGUCUUCACCGUCUCCAUUAUCAGCGCCGUCGCUAUCGCCCUAGUCUACCUCUUCACCGAAGCCCUACCGCCCAUCUACGAAUCCUUCGGCUUCACCUCAAAGCAAGCCUGCCUCCCCUUCAUCGCCAUUGGCUUAGGCCUCACCCUCGGCCUCCUCACCCGCUGCCUCGACCUCCGCAUCAUUGCCCACCACCGAGCUCAGGGCCGACCACUCCUCCCAGAAGACAAACUGACAGGAUUCUGGAUCGGUGCACCAAUUCUCGCUGCGGCAUUGUGGCUUUUCGCUUGGACUAUCCCGCCAGCUGUCACGAAUCUCCCUUGGCUUGUGUCGGUCGCAGCUCUUGUGCUGGCUGGGUAUAGUCUCAACGAGAUGGACUACGUGCUGGGCGGGUAUCUGACGGAUAGUUAUCUCAGCUAUGCGGCGAGUGGACUGGCGGCAUUGAGUCUGGUGAGGGCGUUAUUGUCUGCUGCGUUACCACUGAUCUCGGAGCCUAUGUUGGAUCGGCUCGGGGCCAAUUUUAGUGUUUCGGUGUUGGCGGCGGUUGCGACAGUGUUUUGUAUUGUGCCGCCGUUGUUUUCGAGGUACGGGAGGGGUAUUAGAGCUAGAAGUGCGUUUGCAAGGUUUAGUUUGACUGUGUAUCGUGAAUAUAGUGUUGAUGAGGAGGGAUAUUAG